ACAUUUGGACUAUCUAAUUAGCAUAUUUAGGGCGAAAACAUGAGCAAAGUGUCGUUUCGAGCGCGGGCGCUGGAUGUCUCCAAGCCCAUGCCCAUUUACCGGGCUGAGGAGAUUCCAGACCUGCGUGAUUUCGACAAGAUCAACCGCGCCGUUGUGCAAAUGCCAACAGGAAUGGAAAAAGAAGAAGAAACGGAAACACAUCUACAGAAUGCACUAACUGCCCAGCAAUUCUAUGGAACAGCUGAAGUUCAGGCGAUUCCUAUCCCUGAAAUCCAGGGCAUGGAUGAGCGCUACAACAAGCUGUAUAAGCCUGACUUUAAGCCCACCAAGCAGUAUAUCCACAUCCAAGCACUUGGCAUGGAACAGGAGAUACCAGAUUAUGACCUUGACUCUGAGGAUGAAAGUUGGCUAAAUGAGCAGAGCAAAAAGAUGGAGAUUACCCCACUCAAGUUUGAAGAAAUGAUGGACAGGCUGGAAAAAGGUUCAGGACAGCAGGUAGUAACUCUCCAAGAAGCAAAGUUGCUGCUGAAGGAAGAUGACGAUCUCAUAAUUGCUGUCUAUGACUACUGGCUCAAUAAACGCCUUCGUCUGGAGAUGCCUUUGAUCCCUCAAGUGAAGUCUGAGAAGAGAGAUGGAACAACUACAAACAAUCCAUAUGUGGCUUUCCGCCGAAGAACAGAAAAGAUGCAAACAAGAAAGAAUCGAAAGAAUGAUGAGGUCUCCUAUGAGAAGAUGCUGAAACUGAAACGAGAUCUCUGUAAAGCUGUGACCCUUCUCGAACUGAUCAAGCGGCGAGAAAAAAGCAAGAAGGAAAUGCUGCAGCUUUCGAUAGAAAUUUUGGAAAAACGGUAUCAGAUGGAAGAUUUCAGUGGCAGUUCAUUAGCGGAGGCAGAAGCUGAACGUGACAAGCAUCCUUCUUUUAUACCUCCCUACACCUUGACUGCGCGAGGCCAGCCUGGCUCCUUUAAUGGAGAAGAGGUUCCUCCCAUCCGAAAGAAACGUCCUUAUAGGCGCCGCAACAAGCAGCCUCAGCAGCAGCACCCUAACACUGUUGCUUCCACAGCCGCUGUGGCAGCAACUGCGGCAUCUUUUGCAGAUGUGGAUGUUUUACAUCAUGAAAUGGAGAGCUCUGAUGAUGACCUUUUGUCACCUGCAAUGUCCCCGUCUGAUCAUGAAGAUGAUAAUGAUCCUGAUGGCCCAUUUGCUUUCAAGAGGAGGAGAUACUGUGCUUAUUAUGCACCCCUGUUCAACCGACUAGGCAACUGGCCUUGGUGUGACCCUGCAGAGGGUGGUUUGGGCGAUAAACGACACCGUUUUUCCCUCACCAUGCUGCCGGGUGGCCGAUGUGUUGGUUAUGCUCGUCAGCGAGUGGGGAGGGGAGGAAGGGUUAUAUUGGACAGAGCACACUCUCCAUGGGACGAAGCUCUUGAGAAAGUUGAUCUAUCUUCUCAUUCUUGUGUGGGACGAACCAGCGAGUACAUCACAUAUAUACGAGAAAGAAAAAUUCCAUUUUACCGACCACAGACACCUCCACCAGAAGAUGAUGCUUUACGGGAAGAACAGUGGUCAUCAUCACAUCCAGCUACCAUGGCAGCAUGUCCAACAGCAGCAUUAGCGUCGGCAUCAGAGAUGAACCAGGAAACAUACCAGGUGCACUAUGAACAACUGCUGCAGAUGCAGCGGGAUCAAGAAACCCGCCGGCUGAAUCAGGAUUUGUCAAGUGCUGUUGUCAUGGGUGAUGAAAUGGGUACUCCCAACAAUAAAGUGCAGCAUUCCUUUUCUUCACAACCUACCUCUCGUUUUACUCUAGACUCUGCAAGUGCUGAAUUUGCUGCAACAGCAGUGAGAAGCACAGCACAGUUAGAGACAAGCGUUGUCAAAAGUAGCAGUGAGCCAAACUUUGGCAUUGUGUCCAGUUUGUCGAACCUUGUGACAAGUAGUGCAAAUAUAGCAAGUGUAACUACCGUGGUGUCAGAUGCUGCUGUCACUAUUCCCUCUUCAUCUUUAAUUUCUUCCAUAUCAGCUGUCACACAAUCCCUUGCUUCACUGCCAUCGUCCACUCAUUCCUCCAUCAUGGUGGCGAAACCUCAGAUUGCAUCUUCAGCAUCUUCAUCUGUGACUCUGAGUCUGCCACAGAUGUUGGUUUCUGCAUCAUCAACACUUCCGUCUGUGGUGUCUGUCUUCACCCCUUCGCUGCUCCAGUCACAUCCACCUCGACAUCUGCUGUUACAGACUGCCGCAGGCCAGCAGCUUGCAACAUGCAAUGGACCAAUAACAGCAUCACCCGUUCCUUCAUCAUUGUCAUCACCAUCAUCUUUGCUACAGAACAAAAAUGGUGGACUUUCGACAUCACCAGCAGCCUCAGUCCUGCAGCUGAACUUCCCUAUUACUACAGCUAUGGCUCCUCGGGCUACAGUUCCUUCCUCAACUGCCAUCCCUUCUCCAUCUGUUGCACCACAAACUAUUCUUUCUCCUGCUCUCAGUUCUUCACCAGUCUGUGCAGCGACUGUCCAACCUCUGGGACCAGGUGGGGCUACGGCAUCUCCUUUGACCAUGGGUACUGUAGGAAACACUGGCGUUAGUGCCAGUCUACCUGUUGGGAAAAUGAUGGUCAGCAAAGUCUUACCCCAGGGAGUGGGAGUUUCUGGACUGCUUCCUGCUGCAUCAUCUCCCAUGGAUAUUUUAAAACAAAAUCAUGAGGAUGGAAAUGCUGUUCAUAUGUUCAACUCUGACACUGCAAUGCCUAUGGAUGUAUCCUGACAGAUGUUAGAAGCUGACCUGGAACAACAACCGCUGCAGCGUUAAGCGCUUCUCCGUCUGCACCCAGCAUCAGCAUUCUCAGCUGCCAGCCAUGUUUAAAGAGCUUGGGAGGGGAAGAGAGCAGCUGGUGCACAAAAAUAGCUGCUUUAAGUUCUGAUGGCUGUAUCAAGAGGCUUGAAGGACAUCAGUGGAUGUUACCUUAACAGACCUGGCUGUGGACAUAACUCUCGUGCUGUUGAAGAGCUCUUGGUGUAGUAUCUCAGAUGUAUGGUAGUUAAGAAGCUGUGCCCCAUGGAGUUCUAAUGGUAGGUCUUGCCACAAAAGUAGUGCUUUUAUACAAGUCUGUAGAAUCUGUUUCAAGUCUUGCCAGUCUUGCACUCCAGUCCUUGUUGACUCUACUGAAAUUGAAGGGGCAGAAGUCAAAUUCUGAUGUUGAAUUUUCACUCGGGCACUCCAAACAACUAAAAGAAAAAAGUUAUUUUUAAAAAAAAUUGUAGAAAUAUCAUUAUUAAAUUAUGAUCAUUUGUAAUUCAGUUCUUUAAACAGUUUAUGACUGCAGUAAGAGCAAACAGAGAGAAGGAUAAAGACAGUAAUGAGAGUAAUAAUUAUGUUCCUGUCUUUUAUUGACUCUUGUCGUCAUACACUAUCACUGACUUUUGGUCAGAAAAGGAAAUUAUUGGAAUGAGGUUGAGAAGAGUUCAGAGUUUUGGAGACAGUGGAAGGUUGUCUUGAUCUUAACAUUGCUUUUGAAAGGCAUUCUGUAAUACCAGUUAGUCACAUCUUUUGUCUGUGAGGUAUGUUAAGGUUCAUUUGCCAUGUAAAACACUUGUGCACAAGAUGUACAUCGCGUUAUUCUCUUGUUCAGUGCAAGAAAGCAUUUUCUGGAGCUUUCGUGGAUUUUUAGCAACUAUUGCAUAUAGUAGUAGUCCAUUCGAAAUGUUGCACCAGGAAUCAUAGCCUACUUCAGUUCUCAGCAGAUCUUUUAAGCCAGGAGUCUGUUACAGUUUCAUGCAUGUUUUUGUUUUUUUUUAAACCAGAAAAAUGAAUAAGUGUAUACUGGCAUGUACUGAAAAUAGAUUAACAGACUUUCUGUCUUGACUUUGUGCAGCUAAGAUUCUAAAUGUUCUACAGAUUAAGCAUGCCGCUUUUUUUUAAAUGUGUCAUUUGAAAAUUUAAUCACCAUAUUAAACGUGACCUAAAUAUUAAUUUGAAAGCUUAUGCAAAGUGUUCAUAUUUCUAAAUUUAGAGUUUGAAAAAAAUCAUGUGGUCACAGCCAUCCUUUUUAUAGAUACUGACGUGUUUUUCCAUACAAAACACCAAGACCACCAGCAAUGUGUUCAGCUUUAAACAAAAAAGACAAGAAAGCACAACAUUCUGUUUUCUAAUUUCUGCUUCUCCCCUUUAUUUUUUUGCUAAUUUCUCACUGAUACAAUAACCUUAUAUUUUAUUUAGGCAUGAGACCUAGUAAUGCUUAUUUUGUGAAUUAUUUCACAAAGAGAAGCAGAGUCUUAAUAGGUGUGUGAUGAUUCUUUAGAGCUCUUCACUCUAGUCAAGUUUUCAGAUUAGCACCAUUGGAUGUCUGGCUGUAACAGAUUGGUCCCCCUAUUCCCCCAUGUGUGUGCACUUGUGCACUUAGCUUGUGACAGUUCAGUCUUAGGCAUCCUGACACCUCGGGAGUUGAUGGCAAGAUGCUUCAUUUUCCCUCAAGCUCAUGAUAUGACAAAGUAGGACAAAAAAGUAGCAGAGCAUGUUAGGAGGAGUAGGCCACCAUAAGACAGUGUGUUAUUAUUCAGUUAUUUUAGUCUGUUAGAGGUUGUCUUAUAGUUAAGGACAAACAAAGGUACAUUUGUCCAGUACUUAUGUGAAUAGAACUGUGGACUUGCUAAUGAUAAUUAUGCAAUAUUUCUUAAUUUGUGUAACUUUUGAAACCUCAGCAAACCAUAAGUGUUACAAAAGGCUUUUCUGGGGGUUUUGCAUUAGUGGUGUUUAUAUGGCACUUAGGGGUACCACUGCUUGCAUGCUUGCGUUGAACUGUUGUUUAGGGGAAGUUACUGAACCACUCCUAGAUUUUGCUAGAAAUGCACGUGUCUUGUACCAGGUUGACUGGUGCCAAAAUGUCUUGGUUCACUGGGUUGGAUAAAAACAUAGUGUUUGUAGUAGUUUGAGGACUGUGUGCAUGUCAGACAUUGAAUUUCAGCUCUUUCUCUCUUUUUUUUUUUCAUGCUGCAAGGAAAAGUUAGGCUAACUACACCUACCCCACCCUUUCUCUAGAAAUGUGUUGUUUAUUAGAAAGGGAGUAACUUUGGUUUGUACAUACUAAAAGUAUUAACUUGACCCCAAACAAGAUUGCUAUGUGAAUUAGUGAUUUAAGGUAUAUUUGACAUUCGUUGCAGAUCUUUUUAUGGUACGGGGGGGGGGGGGGUGCAAAAAAUGCAAGUUGCAGAGGAAAGUCAAUGCGUUUGUGCCUGUCGCAUCACGUCACUUUGUAUGGCUUCAGGCACUGCAGCGCACAUUUAUAAAACAGGUGGAAAACACUGACUUCUUGCGCCAAUUGCAAGUGGAUUUCUUAAGGUUUCUGUUCACCCCCUGUUCAAUGUCUGCUACAACAGCCGCCGUACAGACAGACAAGGUACAAUUUUUCUUUGCGUUUCCCGCUUACCACUUCUUCAGCAGGUUUUGAAUACACCUCUUUGCUGGCAAACCAACACCAGGAAAUUCAUCAGGAAAAAUUUCCCACAUUUCCUUAAUGGAAUCACUUUGCACGUACACCUCCACUAUUACAAAUUUUUCAGAGAGUACAUCUUGUCAACACUGUCAGUGGUUCGAAGUGACUAACACAUCAUACCAUCUGAAGGUGGGCUUCUUUUUUGCUCGCCACCAUGUAGCAUAGUACUGCUGCAAAUCCAAAGUUGAGAAAACUAUAUGCCUAGCAAAACUGCACUCUUGUGUGCCUCACAACUUGCCAUGUAAUACCAUCAUAUUCUGUUGAGAGCCAGAGGUUAACUGAAUAUAUGUGGAACAAGAUAAUGUACUGGGAUACUCUAAAUCCUAAUUGUUAUUGUAUAACUGUCGCUGCCAAAGCCACAGUAGACAGUAAGCUUACAUCAUAGACCAUGGUGUACAGCAAGUGUGUUAAAGGUCUUGCCUUUGUUGAUGUUCCAUUUUUCACUUUCAUGACUAUUUCUGGAGUUUGUAGGCUUUGAAAAUUUAACAUCAUAAAUUGCUGUGGAAAAAGCAAGGUGGUGUGUAUGGUGCAUUGUAAACUCAGCACAUUCCAAUGGCUGUGUAUAUAACAGCAGGUUUAUAAAGAAAAGAAAAAUCUCUUCCAGGAAGGGCAGAGUUAAAAUGGUAAUUUAAGUGCAGACUGGUAAGACUUGUUUUACCUUUGGAUGUGCAACAGCAAGGUGCAGGUAGUAUAAUCUGAUUCAUCCUUAUCUCUUUUAAAAAUGACAUCACUACUAGCUACCUCUCGGUGCUAUUUUUUAGGCUUAUCUCUAACUGCAGCAUGGGUUUAUCUUGUCCUGUCAUUCUCAGUGACUUUAACCCUCUGUAUUUGUUUUGGGGUUUUUUUGGUUAAAGAUUGUGAAACCAAGAGAAAAUGUGUGGGUAUUAUUUUUAGAUCAAAGUGUAGUGUUCAUGUGAGUAGUUUAAUCUGAUUUUAGGAAUUUGCACAAGGUGUGUGAUAAGCUCAAGUUUGAUUUACUUUGGAAUAGUUUCAUUUUUUAAGUGCUUCAAGAAACAGCUGGAAAAGCCUACUCUUUUUGUUGAGAUAUAAAUGCAUCAGAAACACUGUGUCAACUGAACACAAACAGGUUGGUUUGCUGAACCUGACUUGACAAAAUUUAUUAGGUUUAUUUCUGUUUGGGGUACAUUUGUGGUGUUUUGACCAUAUUGAACAAAACAUAUUUUAGGGUAAGAGACUGACACCAUAGACCUGCAGAUAACUUUUUGGAAAAUGGUGAUUUUUUUUUUUGGCCCCUGCUCUAAGUGUAUGUACUAGUUCUCUGUUCGUGCCUUCUGCUAUAUAGAACAAGUGCUAGAAUAACCAACAUGGUCGUGUGCUAGGUACCAUUUUUUGCAUAGACCUGCUUCAAGUGCAUUGGUUUACCACCUUGCUAUUUAGUUGUGCUAUUUUUCCACACUUCCUCUUGUAAUGUGUGGUUAUGUUGAAAUCUGGACACGUCCAUUGCUUAUUGGCUUGUGUGCUGAUGUACUUCUCAGGGCUGGCUAGGAAAAAAAAAGGCUUGAGUUGACAGUGAGGGUGACAACUUGUUUCUGCUGUGAUUGUUCAGUGUGUUGUGUGCAUUUCAUUAUAUAACAUUCUAAAUAUGACUGCCAGAAUAGAGAGGCUCUAAGAGAUGAAACUUGAAGCAGCAGACUGCUGUAGCUCAGUGACUAAAGUGACACAAUAGUUUAGCACCUUUCUGCCGCUGGAUAACAGAGAUAAAUGCUCAGUCUAAUAUUGUGUGGUUUUUUAAGGUGCCUAUAACUGUUCUACUUUAAUUUUUCCGUAGGCUACAUUAUUUUGUGAGUUGUUGUGAGGAUUGAUAAUGAAACCUUGCAUCCUGAUGCAUGCUUGUUGGUGUUUGAGGCAGCAAGCUUUUGAACAGCUGCCUGUACUUGGUGACCUUUUGUUGCGCAAGAUGUGUUUCCUGGCAGUAUUUUUUUCCCAAAGAUUUGAGUUACUGUCAUUGUUUCUACAUUUUGUUACAUGAAAUCUAGUAUGCAGGUGUGCACAGACAGACAUGUAAGGCUUUCUUCUCUGUUCUUGGCACGUCAAAAUGUUUGAAAGGUUUAUUUUCUAGACGAAAAAUUUUAUUUUUAUAGCAAAACUCUAAUUCUCUGCCAUCUUACAGGUGAUUUUAAGGAUCUCAUCAACAGUAUAGAUCAUUAAUGCACAAUAAUAAUAGCACAAACUGCAGCAAAUAAAAUUAGUAGUAAAUACCAGCAGCCAUUUUUUGAAUGAUCCCGUGGUAUGAAAUGAAGGAUUUAGAGUGAGCAUAAUGCUGUUUUUUUUUUUUUUUAUGAGAAAGGGCACAGUUGGAGAAGGGAAAUGUUUUCCCCUUCCCUUUCUGGAUGCAUUAAAGAUGUCAGUUAAUCUCUGUGUUAUAUCUCAGUAGAGAAGUUGUGCUGGUGGUGAAGAUAACAGCAUUUACAUUCAUCAUGCAUUAAACCAGCUGACACAGUCACUGGCCUGUUUUAACAUAGUGGGUACAAUUUGUUUUAGACUAGAAACAGUAUUGUCACAAGGGCAUACUCAUCUUGGAGACGAAAAUCAUGUUGAAACAUUUCCUGCACACAUAGAUCUUUAAGGAAUUCUCCAUUACAACACCUUGCUGUCAGCUAGACAAAAGCUAGUGAUACAUAAGCAUGAAAUAGCAAGAACUUGGUGUUGCUUAUAGGACAUUUUCAGCAAAACUGGCUGCAUGUGUGAGUUGAUCGCUUAAAUGGAAGUGUCCUGUCCUUUGUGUCUUCUGUUUUUCUCUGCCCUCUUCCCAGCAUCUUUUGUUGAUCUGUUUGUUGUGGACUCACUGUGCAGAUCAGCCUCGCUUAAAUUGGGUGUGCAUAUGCAUUCUCGCUAUAGAGAUGCUGAUGUUCUUUCUUGUGUCCAAGGUUUCUUUCAUAUUCUGCUUUUCUUGUACCUCUGCCAUAUUAUCCUCUUUUUGUGAACUGUUAGCUGUCUUCUAUAAACAGCUAAAUCUGUGUUCAUUGGUGUGUUUGUGAGCAUAUAAUUUGGUUUACAUUAUUAGUGUGUGGUCUUGCAGCAUCAGUUCUUUGUGGACUCUAUUUCCAGGACAUAAAGUCAAAGUGAUUGUCUGAAAUCCUGUUAAGGCAAUCACUUCUUCUUGUUAAGAUAGAUGUGUAAUUUUUAAAUGCAUAAACCAUGUAAAAACCAUCUUAUUGUGUUGUUCUCCUCACUAGCUAUAAUUUGUGGAGCUCUCAUACAGAUAAAGGACCAUUUUCUUCCCCACAGAAUCACAUCAGCUGUUGUUAAAGAUUUGUAACUAAAUGGGUCGAGUAGGAAACCACAUAAGGUUUCUGGGCUUCCACUCAGUGUUGUGUAGACAUCAGUUGCAGAAGCCUGUUGCCAUUCAGCUGACAGCCGGUGCCUAGGAGUAGGAUCUUUUGAGUGAAAUCAAAAACAAUAUGAUAAAUCCCCACUGAAAGAUUUUGAGAUGACUUUGUGUAUGGUGACAUUUUCUCAUCAGGACUUCAAACUCUUGCUACAAACGUGAAUUGUAUAAGUUGUGGUAGAUGGUCAUUUACAUUAUGGAUCAGGAAUACAAUCGGCAGCUGUUCAAAGUCCUUUAGAAUUGUGGAUUGAAGCAAACUUUAACAUUUUGAAUUUCCUUUUUCCUAAAGAUGUCACCCUUUUUCUCUUUUCACGACUUAACCAUUGACAAAGAGCUCUCGGAUUUUCCUAAGCAAAGUCCAAAAAUAGAUAUUGCUCUUUACUAUUACGUUUGCUUUUACAUAAGCUAGAAAUAUGAAUGGAGGAAAGGGUUCGAAAAAUGUUUUUAUAAAUAGAAAUGGGAAGUCUUUUUUUUUUUUUUUUUCCAUUUAUGUGCAUGGUUGUUAAGGAAAAAAAGUGAUUAGUUUUGUAGAUAGUACUAAUUGCAGCAUAUAGCGAUGUGGAGUAACCUGAUCUGCCUUUGAGCAGACAGCUUGUGCUGCAGACAUGCUAAUGAUACUCCUUAUUAAGUGCAUAUGCCACUUCAGUAUCUUUGCUGUUCUUUGCUUUGACUAGUGACUUCUGCCAGUGACAAAGUUUUGGUGGUCAAGCAACAAGAUAACAUUUCCCACCUGAAGAUGGCAGUGAAAAAUUGUGCUUUUAAAACAUGUCUUGUCUGUAACGGGUUUUAAAUGUGUUUCCUGCUGGUAAGGGACAGCCAGGUAUAUGUAUACUUCUGUGAAGCAUUCUGAUGCUAGACUGAAAAGUGUGUUCUUGAUUUUUCUAUGCUGGAACACUGUAAAGACUGUGCUUGAUUGUUGGGAGGGAGAAUGGUUUAGUAGUUAUGCAGGAGAGAAUUCCUGUACCGAGAAAAAAAAUAUCUGUGCUUGAGUGUUGCUGCUUGAUUGUCCCUAAAAUUGGGUUAGUCUCUCAGUUACUCUGCAUUUUGAGGGAGUACUGCAAAUUAGUGACCACACCCAAAGUAUGUUGAGAUGUGGAGUUGGCUAAGAUGCAAGCAGACCUACGUUUUGUGACUAUGAAUUUUGUUCAGAAUAUUCAUGUGGAUGUGUACCUAGCAAUGUGUGUAAUGUGAAGAAGCUUGGUGAUUUUUGUGGAACUUAUUUGUAUACCUGGAUGGGUAAUGUGGUGUGCAUGGCUUGUGCCACGACGGACCAAUUGCAGCAGGGCGUUAGUGUAGAAGGGCAUGGGCGGGGGGUGAGAUUGCUAAGAUGCAGACAUGAGAUGGGAUUUGGGAAUUAAAAAAAACUGUGAUAAACAAAGAGAAGGCAGACUUCCAGUCAUGCCAGUUCCUUUCAAUAAAAGUUGUACAGAAAUGCUG